CAUAUGAUCAGGUUGUUGUUAAUAACACAAGGCGUAAGGCAUGGCGUAACUCGAUCCCCUGUUACCGCGAUGUUCGUAACAAAAAUAAUGGAUAUUUGCACACAUUUUGAAUAAAACACACACAAACAAAUUUAUAUAGUGCAAUAUUUAUCACAUGAUUCUGGAUAGUGUAGUGAAAAGUGGACAUAAACUUAUUAAUUAGUGUCUAGUGAUAUAAACGAAUGUGGUACCUUUACUAUUAAAACUGUGAAGUGCCAAUUGCUAAUGCCGGGUCCACUCAGCUCUUAUAAGAAACAUGUCAUCUAAAAGAAAAUCGCCUCCGUCCAAAUUGCAAGAAGGACCUCCUGAAACACAGACACCAGCAGCUGGCCCAGCAACUCUGGACUUCUCCGACGCUGUCGACUCAGACGACAACGAACAUCACAAUUUCUACAAGUUCUCCCCGAGCUCGUCUCCAAGAACAUCGAUAAGCGAAGAAGACCACGCGACUUACGAAGACGAAAAUCCAAGCAAGAGGCAAAGAUUCGACCAAACUUUAGACAUGACCAACAAUCUUCUAGUCCCAUCGUCUUUCCUAAGUCUGCACCAAGUCAACGACCUUCAAGGCAGAAGACGCGGUUCCUCAGAAUGCAGUAGCCCGGGUGCUGAGGCUAAAGUUUUGGGUCUCUGCAAUAACAACAAUUCUUUGCUGAACCACAACAGCGCUUUGGUUCUUGGACCGCCCCACAAGCGGUCUAUGGAUGAUGUGUUGAAGAGGCUAACAUCUAAAAUGAAUAAUAGCACAAUUAAAGAGGAGAAGAGACCCACGCCGUCGACAACACCUGUCAAACAAAACAAUGACCGAAGAGGGAUGCUGGAUGCAGCAGCGUUGCAGGCUUUAGCAGGAGAGAGUGUGCUGGAGAAAGAGAGACAGCUCUCCGAAAUGAUUCUCCAACUACAGAUGGUGAGAGAGCAGUUGCUGGCACAACAAGAACAUUCUAAGAAUAUCGGAAAUGUGUCCGCUGAGUUGGAGCUGCAAAGACUGCAGCAGGAGCACAUGAGACGACAAGAGAUGGUGCGUCGGGGACACUCUCUCUACCCUGGACCUCACCUGGGUCUACUGCCAUUACUGGAACAAAUGCGACCUCAACCUCCGCCUAACUCCAAUGUCGUACAACCGUCUCCGUGGCCGCCCCAGACCCUCGCGCAGAUGAACACCAGGUCUCCACCACCCCAGGACCCCGACGCACCACUAAAUCUCAGCAAGCAGCGGACUCCUUCACCAGCUCAAUCAAUGAUGCUGCCUAGAUUCGUGCCAUACCCACCGAUGGAUGAGAGCUCGCCUUACAUGAAGAAGGACGACGAAUAUAAUACGGCUUGUAACACAUCAUCUUGGGGCCAGUCGCCUUCAGAUGAAGCAGAGAAGGCAAAACUGAUUCGUCAGCCAAAACGCGACGAAGCUGGUAAACCCCACAUCAAGCGACCAAUGAACGCUUUCAUGGUGUGGGCUAAAGAUGAACGCCGUAAGAUCCUCAAGGCCUGUCCUGACAUGCACAAUUCCAAUAUUUCUAAAAUCCUGGGAGCUAGAUGGAAGGCGAUGUCUAAUGCUGAGAAGCAGCCUUACUAUGAAGAGCAGUCAAGAUUGUCCAAACUGCAUAUGGAGAAACACCCUGAUUACAGAUACCGACCGAGACCAAAAAGAACUUGCAUCGUCGACGGCAAGAAGAUGAGGAUAUCGGAGUACAAGAACCUGAUGCGCACGCGGCGUCAGGAGAUGAGGCAGCUCUGGUGCCGGGACGGUGGAAGCGAGCUGGGCUUCCUGCCCUCUCUCGCGUCCCCCGGACCUUCGAACUCAUCUCCGCCGCCAAACGGCAGCAGCUACAUGACCCCAGGGUUCUCUCCCCCUCUGUCUCCGGGCGAGGACGAUUGAGGAGCGGCGCGCGGCUGGCCUUACCCCCACGUCGCGCCCUCCCAUAUGCCUCCCCCCCAUCCGUGGUAAUUUCCCGAAAACGUCGAAAAACGGAACAGAAGUGUGAAGUGUCAAAGUGACAUUAACUUUUUAAAAUGUUAAUCUAAUGCCAGUGUCGUAAUCGGAUCUCUCGUAUAGGAAAGAAAGCUAAUAUAAUGAGGUUAUUCCAUUAGUGAAUUAAGAUGAUGAACAGAACAGAAGGUAGACAUUGACUUGUACAAAGUGGAGUUGCGGUUUAUUGAAGUAGAGGCACGUAUUGAAGCUUAAAAUGUUUGUGCCAAAUUAUUAGACAAGUGUAUAUAAAAUAUAAAUUUCUCUUUUAGAUAUCAUAGUGGUGUAAAUAAUAAUUCGUUUUGUAGAUAAUAUAUGUUCUUAAUAGUAGAACUACACUUUAGGUGUUACAUUAAGUGUAUUCGUAGUGUCAGUAUGUCGUGUUGCCAUGUGUAAUUAUAUACCCGUAAUUGUAGAAGCUUAUAGAAAUAAGAACUUUAUGUAUCAAACCAAAAAUCUGAAGCGGUAUGCUUGAAAAUUGUAGUGUUUUGAACACAUUUCUGAAUCAUCAGUGAGAUGUAUUGAAGCAUAAUAUGAACAUAAUACUCAUAUACUAGGACCUAGGUAUCAAGAACUGUCUACAAUUAGGAUAAAUUGCAUAAUAAUAAUAAUCUUCUUUAUAGAUUACAAUUGAAUCAUGGAACCUAACUUCUACGAGCUACCUGUGUUUAACACAAACGGUGGUCAAUUUGAUAUCCGUCAAUUUGUAAACCUAAUAAAUAAUAAUAACAAACUCAAAUGUACCCGAAAUAGGUGCAGUUGAUACAAAUUAUCAUUCGCUUUAUUGAAUCGUGCAAUUUAAGAAAUAGGUUAGGUGUAAGGUAUAGAAGCAAACAUAAUCUACUUAAUAUAGUUAUUGGUAUACUUAAAUGAACACAUUGAGUAGGUAAGGUCGUUGAUUGCCAUUCUUUAUUUUGUUAUUUAAUUUUUAAAAUGUAAACACAUAUUAUGUACUUUACACUGUUUUUAAAACUGAUGGCGGGCGAGUUUGCGCCAGGUUUUUUUUCUUUUGAAGUACAUUUUAAUGGAGUGUACUCUCUUUAUAUGAUAUGCCAGUAAUAUUAUUCGAAAUGUCUUUAGGGUAGUAAAUAAAUUAUUGUGUAUGUGUCUCUGUUUAUUGAUAAUGUAGUGUGUAUUCUCUUAGUAAAUGUGUAAGAGUUUAGCAACAGUGCUGUUAAAUUAUUUAUUUUUUAUGUUGAAACUCAUUGUACUGUAAAUAUUGCGAUAUUUCAAAUGUAACUUAGAUAUAAUUGUGGUUAUUUAAUUAUGCGAAUCGCACAGAUCUCGGUCGAAUCUUCUUUUUGUUUUUCUGUUUUAUAUUUUCUCAUCUACUUUAUUCUUUAUCUAUGUGCGUCAGAUUAUCUUUAUUGUUUUUUUAGUUUGUUUUACAAUUUUGUCGAAAUUAUUUUUCUUCGAUUGAGGUUAUCUUGAAUAUUUUUGCGAUUGUGUAGAAAAUAGAUUAUGGUUUCUACUUAGGUAUAAACCAGGACACAUUACAAAAUUGUGCCAAAACCCGAAAGUUUAUUAAAAAGUAAAAAUAA